AUGUCAUCCGACCCCCACCCUCACCCAGAGAUCGAUCCCAACGACUCACCCGAACUCCUUUCGCAUUCCACCCUACCUCAUGAUGUGGCCGUACCGGAAAGAUCGAUGGUGGAGGAAAGCACAGUGACGGGAGUGACGUUCACACCAGAAUUAUGGAUGCAGAGAAGACAUUGGGCAUUGGAUGUACUUCGUAAAGAAGGUGUACGAUCUGUCUUGGACAUAGGUUGUGGACCUGGAUCAUUACUUGAGACCUUGGUUGUUCCUCCUACAACGAUAUAUGAACCGCCAAUUCUUUCAACUCAGGCCAGUUCCGAUGAAGAGGAUGAUUUGCUUCAAGGGAGAGAUUUAUUCAUACGGCGAUUGGGUGCUCUCGACGUCUCUCCAUCCGUGAUCACCUCAGCCCUGAAGACGCUCACUCCACCCACCAACUCGACAAUACCAAGGUGGGAACCGCUCACCACUGAACUCUGGCUGGGUGGUAUCGAAAAGUACAACGCCAAGUUGGAAGGGUACGAAGCAAUAGUCCUAUUGGAAGUUGUAGAGCAUUUAGAUCCCGAUGUGUUGAAUAGGUUCGGCGUGGUCACGUUUGGGACUUAUAGACCAAAACUGUUAUUGGUCACUACCCCUAACUUCGACUUCAAUGCUAAAUUCCCUCGUGCGGAGGAACAUGAUUUCGCAAAGAAAGGGUUUGUGGAUCCCACUGGAAGGACAGAUAGAGUAUUUCGACACUCGGAUCAUAAGUUAGAAAUGACCAGUGCCGAAUUCAGAGGAUGGGCAGAGGCGGAAGCUGCCAAUUGGGGAUAUGACGUUGAGGUGUCCGGUGUUGGCGUAUCCUCCCAUCCAUCCUAUUACCCUUCCGACGAUCUCUCUCAACCUGGUCAACCGAUAUAUGCAUCCCAAACGGCAAUUUUCAGACUGGCUACUGGCUUACCCCUUCGCUCACCCCGAUCGGUCCGUACGGUCGAACUGCCUUUUAUGCCCAAUUCAGGCGAAUCGUCACAUUCUCAUAAACUUGCUGGGAGAUUCAUACAUCCUGCUAAUGCUCCAGGAGACGGCAAAAAAGUAUCGCCUAACGAAGUUGUUAAAACGGUGAAAGAAUGUUAUAAAAGCUGGAAGAUAGAUGAAGUCAGUUUAGACGAGUUAUGGGGAGUGCACGAAGUAUCGGGUAGAUGUGCGGGAUCAAAGAGGUAUCUCGUGAGUGUGUUAGGAGGAUUUGGGGAUUGUACUGCGAUAGAUGGGGCCAGUGAGGAAUUUGAGGUGGAGAAGGAGAAAGGGAGAGGUUUGAGAGUUAGAUGGAAAGGUUUCAAAUCCGGUUGA